AGAGCAUCUCCCUCCUUCCAAAUAAAAGCCCUACUCCUCCUUUCCCUCUCUUUCUCUCUCCUCCAAGAUCUCGCCUUUAUCCCCGAUUCUUUUGGGCUUCACUCAAAUUUGAAAAGGGCUUCUUGGGUUUCAAAAUGGAGGAGCCUCCGGUGGUCGUAGAUCUCUCCUAUGAAUCUCGAUCGCCUUCCAAGAGGAGUUUUGAGGAGGAUUUGGACGUGCUGCCGGAGGGCGGGAAGAGGGUCAAGAUGAGACAUCUUGACUCGGUUCUAAAGUUUGGAGGAAUUAAAAAGUGUUCGACGUUAACAGAGGGUACUGUACACAGCCUCCAGAGCAAAGAGGAGAUUUCCCAUAUCACAGAUACAAUCGUAUCUUUGCACUCAGAUAAACAUGUACGAUCAGUAACAAGCAAUAUUUUUGCUGAACCAACAAAGGACAUAUCUUUGACUUUAGGCCUUGUUGAAAGCAUCAAGUUUUCUGAAAACCCUGUCAAUAAUGAUGCACAUACAAAAUCUAAUAAAGAGCGGGGUCCACAAAACAAGAGCUUUGCAGGACUCAGUUUGGAUCUUAAUGACAAUCCCUUUAACCUCCAUAAAAAUUUGGAACCAUUGAGAUCCACAGAUGCCUCAGAAUGCGGUAGCACCACUGGUACCUUGGAAGAGAGUGAGCCAUUGAAAAUGUGGAAGGAGAUGAAGCAGAAUGGUUUUCUCUCAUCCUCUCAUGGAGGCAUCUCUCAUGGAGGCAUACCUGUUCCCAAGCAGCGGAGUCGUCAACCUAAAAGGAAAAAAGAGGAAGAGUUCAAGAAAAAGAGUGAAAUAAUGACAAAAAGAGAACAGCCAAACAAGUACACUAAGAAUGCAGCUCCUACUGGUUUGCUCUCUGGACUGAAUCCUGGGAUCAUCAAACAUGUCAGAAACAGCAAGCAGGUCAAUUCUAUUAUAGAAGCCAUGCUGAAAUCAGAGAGGAGUGAUAAAGAAAUGCAUAAUAGGCCUCCUGAUCAAAUUCCGAUUGGAUCCAAGGAUGUUACUGCUCAUAAUUCAGCUGGAAACCAGUUCAGUCUAUACUACAAACCUUCGUUUCUUUCUGGCUCAGACAUUGAAGCUCAGAUAAUUGGGUCAGGUAUUUCAGGCAGGUUCUAUAACGAGAGCUCUAAUGUACCAACAUUCAACCCCCAAUAUGAUGAUGAUUCACUUGCACUGAAACUGUCAUCUGCUGUUACUAUGGCAUCAGAAAACACUAGCAGCAUAUCCAACCAGGAACAAUCCUCAAAUCAUGAUGCCAUUGCCUCUCUAUCACUGAAAGGUGCAUCUGUAGCUUCUCAAUGGUUGGAGCUCUUACACCAGGACAUCAAAGGACGGCUUGCUGCACUGAGACGGAGUAAGAAAAGAGUAAGGAAUGUCAUUCAGACUGAACUUCCUUAUCUACUAUCAAAAGAGAUGUUAUCUAACCAAGAAAAUGAGGGCUUUGCACAUUCAUCUGAAAAUGACUGUUCCAAGAAGGCAAUUUUAGAUAUGCACAUGGCACGGUGGAAAUCUAUUUUCAGUCAAAUGGACAAAGCAUUAUACGAGGAGGGCAAACACCUUGAGAACUGGUUGAAACAAGUCCAAGAUAUGCAAGCACACUGUGAUGGAGGACUGAAAUAUUUCAGCACAAAUCGUAGUAUAUUACUAGCAGAUGAAUUCAGUGGCUUGAAGAAAACAGAGGCUGCAGAGAAGGAAAAAUCAAUCAGAGCAGCUGCAGCUUCUAUCUACUCUACAAGCAACUUCAUACUGACGAAGGAAAAUGUGCCAUGUUUCUGAGCUCAAUCAUAGCCCUUCAUACUUUUUUUCUUCUUAUAAUUAUAAUGAUCUUAAUCUUUCUUCUUUUAUUGUGUGAAUUGUAUCAUCCGUAGCUUGUACAAUUAGACGUGUUUUUCCCUCUUUGCCAUUGUACUGUCAGCAGGCAUUUUAAUGAUGCUGCCAAUUAUUACUUACAUUUGUAACAGUUUCAGUGAUCGCAAACUUCCCGUGUUGUUGUUUGCUUUAUAAUGUAAUAAACUUACCCAUUUGAGCAUGUAAACUUAUUUUUCCAAGAGGAUUGAGCAUAUAAAAUUAUUGUCUGCAGA